AGGUGAGGUCAUUUGAAAUACUGUAUGUUUUUGUUUCAAAGUCAUGGUGUUGUGUAUGUUAUGGAGUAUUAUUUGUUGGGAAGGAAAGAUUCAAAAUGACGCAAAACCUACAGAAUCGAAAAGAUUCACGGCGUAGCUUGCUAGAAUGUCGAUCGUGAGAAGCCUCCAAACACAAAAUCUCCGCUUCCGACACGAGUGGAGAGAGAGUGCAGAAACAUUAUCAGUAAUCUCAACAUCUUUAUUUGGGUUCACAAAGGUAAACAAAGAAGCAUGACACGUGUAAUGAGUUCGCAAGGAAUGAUGGAACCGCCGGCCACGCCACCUUUAUGGUGAAAUUAAUUAAAGAGAUCAUAUAAAAUAAAAAAACUAUAAGCCCCAAUGAAGGUAAGGAUAUUUUAGGUAUUGAAAAUUUGUUGGUGUAACAUCAUAGCUUAGUGAACAUGUACCAUAAGCUUGACUCAGUGCACUCUCUCUUCAGUUUUGCUCUGUCAAAUAACGUCCAUCCACGGUACCCGUUAGUAAAAGCGCAAAACCUCUAACAGUCUCACUCAAACCUCAAUGUCUCAAUCCACUCUAGCUUCUCCUUUUCUGUUCCACGGCGUGCCACUUAAUUGACCAUAAUAUUAGAUUAGCUGCUGAGAAUCCACUUCGUCUGCGAGAAGAUUAUCGCCAACUCUUCUCACCUCCCUUGUUCCCUUUCAUCUUCUUUGUAUCGUGUAAGUUGCGGUACUCGUUUUUUUAAUGAUAAUGACGCUUGCAUUGAUAACGAGUUGCAACCUUCAGUUCUUUUUCAUCUCAUGUGCAACGCAAUUUGUGGCAAUUGAAGAGGCUCGACCAUCAAUCGCCCAUCUAUUUCCGUACAAACCUGUGUUCAUCUCGUGGCAGAGGUUCUCUUUUGCUGCUCAGUACCCGUUUCUUGCAAGAACUCUAAUGUCAGAAGAUGUAUAUAGUUUGUGGGGUGCCGGGGUCGUUGCUUUCUCUGUUCAAGAAGCCUUAGCCUACAAGUUAUCCAAGUAUCCAACUUAUCUUGUGAAUAUCAAGCAUUUUGAGUAUUGAUUUCUCUUGUGUUUAUGGUUAUUAUUGUAUCAUAUCCUUAAUCCCUUAGCUAAUUAGGCUAUCUUUUGUCUUUGGCAUUCUUGAUGAUUGGGAGUGCUUCCUUCCCUAUCUCGAUGUAAAAAGGAAAAUACCAGUAGCAUGUG